AUGGCUUCUUCCAGAUCUGCGGCGAGGCUGCUCGCCUACAGACGGCCCAUGCCCUCCGUCGCCUCUCCGUCUUCCUUUAUCCCGACGGCAAACUUCUCAUCCUCGGCGAACCGGGCGGCCACACCAGUUGGGCCUCCCCAACCCGGAUUCCGUCUUCCUCCUCCCAAGCGAUGGGAUCAAGGCUCCGAGGGUGCUCUAGACAAAGCCAGCAAGUACUUCCUCAUGGCGGAGAUCUUCCGGGGCAUGUACGUUGUUUUGGAGCAGUUUUUCCGGCCACCUUACACCAUUUUCUACCCCUUCGAGAAAGGCCCGAUCUCUCCUCGAUUCCGUGGUGAACACGCCCUGCGACGCUACCCAACUGGUGAAGAGCGCUGUAUUGCAUGCAAGCUUUGUGAAGCCAUCUGCCCUGCUCAGGCUAUCACCAUCGAAGCCGAAGAGCGUGUGGACGGAAGUCGCCGGACGACCCGCUAUGACAUUGAUAUGACCAAGUGCAUCUACUGCGGCUACUGCCAGGAGAGUUGCCCGGUCGAUGCUAUCGUUGAGACUUCCAACGCAGAAUACGCUACCGAGACUCGCGAGGAGCUACUAUAUAACAAGGAAAAGCUCCUUGCUAACGGCGACAAGUGGGAGCCUGAAAUUGCCGCUGCUGCCAGAGCCGAUGCUCCCUACCGGUAA